GUUUUAAAAUGUCUGGCCCUCUCCCUCCCCACCACCCGUGGCUGCUGUGUCCAGACGGAGAAUGUUCUAGCGCUGGGGGCAGCUGCGGAUGAAGUCCUUGGGGGGAAAAGGAGCAGGCCAAGGGCGAUGGUGGAGUAGAGCUGCCUCACAGAGGCAGCAUGAGCUGAGAGGGUGAUAGGAAGGAAGGAGGCGCUAGACAGCAUGGAGGACUUUCUGCUCUCCAAUGGGUACCAGCUGGGCAAGACCAUUGGGGAAGGGACCUACUCAAAAGUCAAAGAAGCAUUUUCCAAAAAACACCAAAGAAAAGUGGCAAUUAAAAUUAUUGACAAGAUGGGAGGGCCAGAAGAAUUUAUCCAGAGAUUCCUGCCUCGGGAGCUCCAGAUUGUCCGCACCCUGGACCACAAGAACAUCAUCCGGGUGUAUGAGAUGCUGGAGUCUGCUGAUGGGAAAAUCUACCUGGUGAUGGAGCUGGCUGAGGGAGGGGAUGUCUUUGACUGUGUGCUGAAUGGGGGGCCGCUGCCCGAGAGCCGGGCCAAGGCCCUCUUCCGUCAGAUGGUCGAGGCCAUCCGCUACUGCCAUGGCUGUGGUGUGGCCCACCGGGACCUCAAGUGUGAGAACGCCUUGUUGCAGGGCUUCAAUCUGAAGCUGACAGACUUUGGCUUUGCUAAGGUGUUGCCCAAGUCACGCCGAGAGCUGAGCCAGACCUUCUGUGGCAGCACAGCCUAUGCCGCCCCUGAGGUGCUGCAGGGUAUUCCCCAUGAUAGCAAGAAGGGGGACGUCUGGAGCAUGGGUGUGGUCCUGUACGUCAUGCUCUGUGCCAGCCUACCUUUUGACGACACAGACAUUCCCAAGAUGCUGUGGCAGCAGCAGAAGGGGGUGUCCUUCCCUACUCAUCUGGGCAUCUCGGCCGAAUGCCAGGACCUGCUCAAGCGGCUCCUGGAACCAGAUAUGAUCCUCCGGCCUUCAAUUGAAGAAGUUAGUUGCCAUCCAUGGCUAGCAAGCACUUGAAAAAAGCAAUGGCAAGUCCUCCCCAAUAAAACAGGGAGAGAAAGCAAACCCAAAAACC